ACAAAAGACAUGGACUUUCUGACCCAGCUCUGACCAGAUUGGGUGCCCAUUUGCACGAUUCUGUAAUUGUUCUCUCAGGAGAAACUUUAAGACAAUCUUCUUGGAUCUGCAUAAAUUCAUUUGCACUGUAUAUUGGAACUUUCAUUGAGGUGGUUCAAGCUACUGUGUGUGAAUUUGUUCCACUGCGCUUUUUUUUUUUUCUGCAAAUUUAAGGAGCAUUGUCUCUUUUUUGUUGCCCGUUUCUUUAUUUUUUGGUAAAACCAAUACCCAAAUGAUAUUACAAGUCCUAAAAAAUUUUAGGAAAGACGGUACUGUCGGCAAAAUUUCGUCUAUAUUUUCUACGAUGGAACUCAACCUCUUUGUGAAUGCUGCAUAUGGAACUGCACAACAUAGACGAGGAGACUUGCUGGAUUGACUUGUAGGUGUCUUAUCAACUGUGUCUGGACUAAAGUUUAGAGAGCAAAGGAUUGAUUUUUUAGAUGAUAAGGACUAAGGACCCUUUGAGCUGUCUGAAUUACUGGAUUCUGUGAAUUACUGGAUUCUGUGUUAUACUAAUUGUUGCUUAACUGACCCUGCAUGCUUCGUUUGCACUUCGUAGUGUUGGGUAGAUUUGGAGUACAAAUCAUUAAGCUUUUAUGAAGAUGGAGUAAUUGUAAUUGAUUGUGGUAGUUGAGAGGUUGAGUUUAAUUCGAGAAGAGGUAGAUAUGGCAGCAAAGUUCUUGCAUUCUUUAGCAGAUGACAACCCAGAUUUAAAAAAGCAGAUAGGAUGCAUGACUGGGAUUUUCCAACUCUUUGAUCGUCAUCACAUUAUUUCCUCUCCCCAUAUUACCCGGAAGAGGCUUCAUCCAGGUAAUUCCCUCUUCAAUUAUGCCAGUCUGGAAAGAGGUUCUAAUAUCAUACACCAGCCGCAAUCAACAGCUGAUAUGAGGGAUAUGAGUAAUAAGCAUAAAAUUUCAGCUGAAUCUUCAAGAACCUCAUUCUCUUCUUGUUCAUCAUCAAUGUCCUCUUUGGACUAUAAAGCUGAAGCAGAUGCUCCCUUUGAAAGGAUUGGUUUUCCUGAAACUCCUAUGAGAGACCCAGUUAUGAACCAAGCAAGUACCUCUCCCCAUUUAGGAUGUUCAUCCCUUGAUCUGAGGGAUGUGGUGAAGGAGUGUAUAUAUAGGGAAGCCAGAGGACUGUGCAAAGAAAGGGAUUACCCUAGACAAUUUCAGCUGUCUAAAUCUGUCGAUAGAAAGCAAACUCCUAUUGAUCUAAAGGAGUCACUGCGAGUCCUUGCUAUACUUAGAGAAACACCUCGGCAUUAUGUUGAAGCUAAAGAACUUCCUAGAUUAUCAAAUGAAGUAAAAGAUGGACAUUGGCAUUCCAUUUCAAAGGAUGCUCCUCGGUUUUCUUAUGAUGGAAGAGCAACAAGUGAGAUAUCUUUUGACUCGAAUGAUACCUUGAAAUGCCAACAAAAACUAAAAGAGCUUCCUAGACUUUCACUGGACAGUAGGGAAGGUUCAUGGCGCGCAAACGGCUCUGAUUCAAAACUCAGUAACCUCUCAAGAAAUUUCAAUGCAGGUGACUCCUCCACCUCAGUUGAUGGCAUUUCUAGUCUACAACAGCGUUCAGCAUCACAGAGACGGCCACCUAGUAUUGUAGCAAAGUUAAUGGGCUUGGAAGCAUUGCCAGAAUCCUAUGUGGUUAGUGAUACCAAGUCAAGUUUGAGUGAAACUGACUCAACUCAAGGCAAUGAUCAGUUUGGGAAAAAUGGAUUCGUUACACCACUUCCGGUUGCUAAUUUCCCUGAAGUCCCAUUGAAAGAGAAAGAGAUGACUUCUCCACGGUGGAAGAAUCCUGAUUUGGUUGUGAAACCAAUAUUGAAUACAAGGUUUCCCAUUGAACCUGCACCUUGGAAGCAGCAGGAUGGGAACCAAAUCUCUGAGAAACUAACAUCCAGGGUCAUAAAACCUACAUCAAGAACACCAGAUUCAUUUCCUUCAGUUUAUAGUGAGAUUGAGAAUAGAUUAAAGGAUCUUGAAUUUAAACAAUCUGGAAGGGAUCUCAGAGCACUCAAACAGAUAUUGGAAACAAUGCAAGUAAAGGGUCUGUUAGAGACCAGAAAAGAAGAACAAGCUUCAAAUGUUGUUCGAAAUAAAAGAGACUAUGAACUAAAAUCGACCUCAAUUAAGCAUUCUACGAGGCAGGAAACAGCCUGGGAAUCCGAUUCUACAAUGGCUGUAGAGUCACCAAUAGUGAUCAUGAAACCAGCAAAAAUUGUUGAAAAAACUGGACCUUUUGCUUCUUCAGUCUUUCCAAUUCAUGAACUUUCUGAUUCCCACAAACUUCAGAGUGGUGGUGUACAUGAACAUGGUAAAAAGGGGAUACCUUCCAGUCAAAUAGCAAAAGAUCAAUCUCCUAGAAACAGUCCCAAGGAUACUUCUACCAGUUUUAGUGAAAAGAAAGCAAAUAGUAUCAAGACUAUAAAAUCAACACAAUCCCUACCAAGGUCUACACAAUUUCCAAAAGAAAAUGGCCCAAGCUCAGUAAAGAGUUCAAGAUCUGCUAGCCCAAGAAUGCAACAAAAGAAGUCAGCAUCGGAGAAGCAAUCUUGCCUUCUUACCCCAUCAUCAGAUUCAAAUAAUCCCAGAAGGCAGUUCUGUAAGCAGACAACAGACUCAGAUUCUCCCAGUCAAAAACUGAGACCUAAAGUCCCUAAUUCACAUAGCAGUAAUGACAGACUCAGUGAGACUAGCAAUGAACUAAGAAGUUUAAGUAGCCAGUGGGAUGAAGUAUCUCUGCAAUCAGACAGUAUCUCUUUCGACUCAAAGAUGGAUAUUGAAGUUACCAGCAAUUUACAAUCUGCUGAAGUUGUUGAUAGCCAAUGCCCAUCUAGGAAGGCUGCUGAGCAUUUGGUUUCAGGAUCCAUGCAUAAGAAAUCAACUAUGAGGUGGGAUGAGGAUAAGUCAAUAGCAGAACUUACAACACACGCCUCAGGUCAUCCAAGUCUUGGAUCAGUUGUCGAUGUCUCAGUAUACAAAUUCGGUAUGCCAUCCCCAGUAAAGGAUAUAUCCUAUUCUCGUAAAGUUGAAAACGCUCAAGAGUCUAAAGAAAAUUAUCAUACAGAUCAGUGGAGCCCUGCAGAAGGCCUCUUCAUUAACAAUACAAGAUAUAGAGAGAUCAACCACAAGAAAUUGCAAAGCAUAGGUCACCUUAUUCAAAAGCUUAGACAGCUAAACUCUAGUCAUGAUGAAACUAGAAUCGAUUACAUAGCUUCCCUUUGUGAAAAUACAAACUCAGACCACAGAUACAUUGCUGAAAUACUAUUGGCUUCAGGUCUACUUCUGAGAGCUUUGAGUUCUGAGUUGCUAACAUUUCAACAUCACUCUUCAGGUCAUCCCAUUAACCCCGAGUUAUUCCUUGUGUUGGAACAAACCAAGUUAAGUAGUUUGCUUUCAAAACAAGGGGGCAGCGAUGAAAAAGUUGCUUACGGGAAGCUAAAUACAGAGAAGUGGCACAGGAAACUCAUCUUUGAUACUGUGAAUGAGAUUCUUGGUACUAAGCUAGGCUCUUCUCGAGAGCCAUGGUUCAAGCCUAGUGGACUUACAAGGAAAUUCGUCACUGCACAAAAGCUUCUUAAAGAACUAUGCUUUGAGAUACAAAAACUUAAAUAUGUGAAACCAGAUUGCAAAGAUGAAGGGGAUGAUAUGAAAAGUAUGCUAGGGGAAGAUGUGAUGCGUCACUCAGAAAACUGGACAAGUUUCCCCGGUGAAUUACCAGGAGUUGUGUUGGAUGUUGAGAGACAGAUAUUUAAGGACUUAAUUGAUGAGUUUGUGAUUGAUGAAUGUUUGCGAGUGACGUACAGUAGGCACAGCAAGCUAUUUGGAAAGUAGUUCAUUUCAUCUGUUCAUUUACAAAUAAUUUUUUUGUAUCAACCCA